ACCCCUGGAAUGCAGCAGCCGCGGCUUCGUUCGGAUCUGAAGGCGACAACGUUGUUAGUUGCAUUGUGGUAGAGUGUCUUGCAGCCUUCACCUGUGCGCGCAUUGAUUGCCGCCGCUCGCAAGGGGGCCACAGGUGCGCGGAGAGCACUCGCGGACCGGCUCUUGGACACAGUCGAUGCUCGCGGUAGUGUUUUCGCUGUUGGCGAGUCUCCACUACGACAGCACACGUAUAUAAUAGAGUUUAUGACACAUCGUUUGGUUGGCAACGUGUAAUAUAACAUCGAGCCCGUGUGCAGCGCAACAGGAGUUAGUGCCGCACACAGGUUUCGUCCGAAGGCAAGUGAACGUCGCCGUUCGGGUUUCGCGUUUCUAGUGAUUCCACUAACAAAACAAACAGUGAUUUUCUAAAAUUAUCGUAUAGUGAAAUAUUUCUUAAGGAAAACACUGGCGCAGGAUUAGCCAUCGUGCCCGAUUUCGGGUGGAGCAUGUGACAAAGUCAAUCAACAGGAUAGUGUGAGCGAUUGAUAGUGUUGAAGCGAACGCCAUGGCGUACCAUACGUCAGGGGGUUACUCCGGCGACGAACGGGAUUCCCGCGAUGGGGAUGACAGGCCAGGAGGCAGCGUGGACCUGAGCAACAAACCGACUUAUUUAAUGGAACAUUUGGCUACUUUUACUGUUACGAAAGAUACAGGUAUUGUUUACCCAGCUGAUGGCAUGAGACGUUUACUGCAACUCGAGAAAACCAAUGGCAUCUGGUCUCAAAAGAUGCAGUUGUGUCUGGAUAGGUCCUGGGUUCUUAUAAUGGAUUAUGAAACUGGGUCUGUAAUGGAAAGAUUUCCGGCAUCUUUAAUUCAAGAACCAACAGCUUUUACAAGUUUAGAUCCGAUGGAAAUGUAUAAUAAUAUAUUAGUUUUCAUAGUAGGCGGAUCCGAUAACGGCCAGUCGCCAAAUAUGCGCUCGGAGAUGCACAUAUUUCAGUGUCAAAGCAUUUCGGCACAAGAUCUAGUAGAAGAUUUAAAAUUACUUCAAAUGGGUAAGGUUGUAACACACCACCGUUCUAAUAUGGCCCCAUCUUCUGCGAAAAAUGUAACCGAUUCACGGACGAGAGAGCAAGGUUCGGCCUAUGGAGCUUAUCGUGAUCCGGAUUCUGACCUGUCAGGACUGCAAGAUGAAACGAGUUCUACUUCAAGCGAAAAGUACGAGCGAGAUGUUACUAUACUCAAUCAUUGUUUCGAUGAUAUUGAAAAGUUCAUAGCUCGUCUGCAGCAUGCAGCCGCUGCUUCUCGUGAGCUUGAGCGCAGACGACGCAACCGAAAGAGUCGCAAACGAGACAUCGGUGACGGAAUGUUGACCAUGCGCACUAAGCCACCCCCGGAAAUAGAAUUUGUUGAUAUUUUUCAAAAGUUCAAACUGUCUUUCAAUCUGCUAGCAAAACUCAAAGCGCACAUUCACGAUCCUAAUGCUCCUGAAUUAGUUCAUUUCUUGUUCACUCCGCUAGCGCUGAUCGUGGAUGCUUCACAUGACACUUACUAUGAUCAUGAUUUACCAGCUAAAGUUGUCACGCCUUUAUUGAGCCGAGAAGCGGUAAAUUUGCUAAUUAACUGCGUAAGCAGCAAAGAGACUGAACUCUGGCACUCACUGGGUGACGCUUGGUUAAUACCAAGAGAUCAUUGGAAAGGCCCGGUAGCACCAUAUCAUCCUGUCUUUAUGGACGGCUGGUCACCGGAUUGCCCGGUAUUAGAUGAACACGACACUCCUGACAAAAGGCAUGAUCCACAUUUUGCGGGAAGUAACUACGACUAUGAUACUUCACCAGCUGCUCAAGAAGCGUCAAAAUAUAGUGAUGAAGAACGCGAUCGAAUUAAGCCCGUCGGUAAUGAACACUUUAGCACUCUCAGUGAUAUAUCAGUAGAUUCAAUUGAAAGAAAUGGUCAGCAGCGAUCGAUGUCUGGAGUGGACAAGACGCAAGAGUUGUGGGCAGAUGAUUUACAAGCUCGCGGGGCCAAAGUUGUUCAAGUUACAUACCCGCGUACCGCAAACAAUGAUAAGGAAUUGACAGUUGUACGGGGAGAAUUUUUAGAGAUUUUAGAUGAUAGUAGAAAGUGGUGGAAAGCUCGCAAUAUUCGCGGUCAAGUAGCUCACGUUCCGCAUACCAUAGUCACACCUCAUGCUUGUGGAUGCGAUGAUAGUUUUCAGAGACAAGACUCUGGCAGAUCAUCUAUAGGCGCCAGUGAGGGCCCGUCAGGACCCGUGCAGAGUCCAUCGUCAGUUGACUGGAUUCGCAACCAGCAUCAGGUAAAUGGGAACGAGCAAAAAAUUGAUCCUCCACCACCUCCGCCGUUGCCAGUAGGAGAAUUGCGCUCCAGACAAGAAUCACCGGAACCGGUACCAAUGACACCAAAUAUCAUCAAUCCAAAAAAAGUUGGAGGCGGUUUAGAUGCCGACGAAGAUGUACAAAACGUCCAGGACGAGCUGAAAUUUGUACUGACGUUGUUCCGCGAGAAACGGAAAUUCAACAUCACAAAAACACCAGAUAUCUAUAUCGAACAAACAUCUACCCCUGAUGAAGUCCAAGAAUGGCUAAAAGCUAAAGGAUUUUCCGACCAGAUUCGCCGUAAAAUGAAAGGACUUAACGGCGAAGAUUUGUUCUUGUUGCCGAAAGACAAACUGGAAGAAUUCUGCGGGGAAGAAGAAGGCAAGAGAUUGGCGUCACAAAUUACUGUUCAAAGAAGUGUCAAUAAGUUCAAAACAGCACGAUCCUCUGAACUACAAAGAAUCCUAGCUCUGGCACGCCAGAAAGCUGAAGAAGACGAAGAAGUUUAGUCAAAAAACUAAAAAUUUAAUUGAAUAGAUUAAAUAAUGUUAAUUC